AUGUAUUUUACGCAAGUUUGUUUAUGGACGACGCUUCUCGCCGUCGUGCUGACUUGGGCAAUAUUCCAUGUCAGCAACCGGAGGAAGAAGACAACCAAGCUGGUUGAUACGGCAGACCAGGAGAGAACAGACGGUGGUCCAGACGUCAUCAUCGUCGGAGCUGGUGUCGGCGGCUCAGCUCUCGCCUAUGCUCUUGCUAAGGACGGACGUCGAGUACAUGUGAUAGAGAGGGACAUGAGCGAACCGGUGAGAAUGAUGGGCGAGUUUAUGCAACCUGGAGGACGACUCAUGCUAGCUAAGCUUGGCCUUCAAGAUUGUUUGGAAGAAAUCGAUGCACAGAAAGCCACAAGCUUAGCUCUUUAUAAGGACGGGGAAAAAGCCGUCAUACCUUUUCCGGUGGAGGACACCAAUUUUCCUUAUGAACCUACUGGUCGAUCUUUUCACAAUGGCCGUUUUGUCCAGCGACUGCGCCAAAAAGCCUCUUCUCUCCCCAAUGUGAAGCUGGAAGAAGGAACGGUAAAAUCUUUGGUUGAAGAAAAUGGAGUUAUCAAAGGAGUGACAUACAAGAGCAGUUCAGGCGAAGAAACGACGCUCUUAGCACCUCUCAUUGUGGUAUGCGACGGUUGCUUCUCCAACCUUCGCCGGUCUCUUAACGAUAACGAUGCGGAGGUUAUGUCGUACCAAGUUGGUUACGUAUCAAAGAAUUGUCAGCUUGACGAGCCCGGAUACUUACAUUUGGUAAUGGCUAAACCAUCCUUCACCAUGGUGUAUCAGAUAAGCAGCACUGACGUUCGUUGUAGUCUGGAGAUUUUCCCCGGAAAAAUUCCUUCUAUUGCGAAUGGUGAAAUGACCAACUUUUUGAGAAACACUAUGGCUCCUCAGGUACCUCAAAAACUCCGCAAAAUAUUUUUGAAAGGGAUCGAUGAGGGAGCACAAAUAAAAGUGAUGCCAUUAAAGCGCAUGUCAGCUACUUUGAGCAAUAAGAAAGGUGUGAUUGUGCUGGGAGAUGCAUUCAACAUGCGUCAUCCAGCAAUCGCGUCUGGAAUGAUGGUUUUACUAUCUGACAUUCUCAUCUUACGUCGCCUUCUCCAGCCAUUAGAAUACCUCGGUGAUGUAAACAAAGUCUCAGAAGUUAUCAAGUCCUUUUAUGUUAUCCGAAAGCCAAUGUCAGCGACGGUGAACACACUUGGGAAUGCAUUUUCUCAAGUGCUAAUUGCAUCGACGGACGAAGCAAAAGAGGCAAUGCGACAAAGCUGCUAUGAUUACCUCUCUGGUGGUGGCUAUGGCUCGUCGGGCUUGAUGGCUCUACUCGGCGGCAUGAACCCUCGUCCACUUUCUGUAAUCUAUCAUCUAUUCGUUGUUACUCUAUCCGCCACUGGUCAACUGCUCUAUCCAUUUCCCUCUCCUCUUCGCAUUUGGCAUAGCCUCAGACUUUUUGGUUUAUCUUUGAAGAUGUUGGUUCCUCAUCUCAAAACGGAAGGGGUUGGCCAGAUGUUCUCUCCAGCAUCUGCAGCCGCGUAUCGCAAAAGCUAUAUGUCCACAACCGUUCUCUAAACAUAGAUGCUCUGCAACACGAAUAAUAAUAUAACAUAUAUUAGGAGCGAGAAUCUAUGAAAUUGUGUGCAUUUGUUAAAACUGUAUUGCAGUGUGCUUACUAUUUAUGUAUUAAUAAAUAACUGGAAAAUGUCCGCGGUAAUAAUUAAUAAAGCGAAUUUGCA